AUGAUCAAGUCCUCAUCUCGGACGGCCAAGUCGGCAACCCAAAAUCUUACCCGGACAUGGGCUGCGAGCUCCCCGACUACCAGAGCAAGGACGGUCAGAUCUUCGCCGUAUCCAAGAACGGCACGGAAGUUCCAGUGGGUAUCAAGGGCAUCAACUGGUUCGGAAUGGAAACAGGCCUGGCCGUCCCCUUCGGUUUAUGGGAAAACAUGUACAACGGCACUUUGGUGUAUGAAAUCACUGCGUUCCUGUCUCGCAACAAUUUCAACAGCGUCCGCCUUCCAGUCUAUCAAGAACAUCCUCAAGAACACGGCCCCGCAGAAGACCCUCAUCAAUGCCAACACGAACCGCGCGAUCAACAUCACGUCCUACAUCUCUACGCUCCAAACGAUCGUGGAGGCGCUCGGGUAUCACCAUAUCACUGCCAUGAUCAGCCUUCAUACCUUGGACCCGACCAAGUCCGGGGGCGCCUGGUACGAUGAAGACAGCGGGGUAUCUGAAGACGACUUCCUCGAGGCUGUGGACAUUUUGACCAAGAACCUCUGCGAUUCCAAGUACUGGAACAUCCUCGGGCUCGACCUCAAGAACGAGCCGCACGAGUGUUCGGGGGGCGGCAGGGCCCCGGACUGGCAGAAGGGGGCCACAUUGAUCGGCAACCGAAUGCUGGACGGGUGUCCGAACUGGUUGGCCUUCGUGGAAGGAGUCAAUGGAAUUCACUCUGUCACCGUCUCGGAUGGCAGGACGAAUGAGUAUUACGACUGGUGGAGAGGGGCUCUGGAGGAAGCGGGCGACGACCUCAUCGAGUACAACGUGGAGAACAAGCUUGUGUGGGCCCCUCACUACUACAGCACCGGCGUGAGUCCGCAAUGGUAUCUCUACGCCGCUGGCGAGUGGCAGGAGUCGGGCAUUGUACAGGGGUACGAGGAACUAGGCGACGAAGAGCUCAAGGCCAACGUCGACAUCACCAUGGACGUCAUGUUCGGCUACCUCAUGAACAAGACGUUGUACGCCAUGGUGCUAGGCGAAUUCGCGGGUCUCUACUCGAAGGACGCGCACCCGAAGCUCACGACCAAGCGCACGACGGACUACAACAUCGAGGGGAUGGUCGAGAGGGGCUACGCGGGCGGCUACAUGUGGUCGUUGAACCCUGAGAGCGCGUACCAGUACAACCCCGCUGACACUGCAGGCGACUUCACUGAGGGCUUACUGGAGGAUGACUGGCUCACACCCAACAAGAGGUUUCUGGAGGGAAUGGCCGCCAUGGACAAGAUCAAGGACCUAAGGAGGUUUCCGUGCUUCCCCGUCGAGCUCGAGGAAGAGGAUGAUUGAGUCAGGUGUUAGCAAAGGAGGAUAUCAAUAGAGUUUGUGCAUACUUUU